GCGCUUCUUCACGCUGUCCUUUUACACUUCAACCGCGAGGAUAUCAUUGCGUACCUGCACCGCUGUUACGAUCUUGAGCAAAGCGAGGACGGCGUGGCAGACGAUGGUCUCCUGAGGCGGACUGUCUUGCACAUAUGUGCCACCCAUGCCAUCCGCAGGGUGCGCAGCUUUGUGAAUGAAAAGGGGGUGGCCAACCGCGGCAAGCGAUUGGCAGAAAAUGCAUACCGGGCGUGGCUGCGCACCGACAGUCUGGCUGACGCUAAAUUAGUAGUGUGGUAUAUGGCUGUUGUGUUCGGCUGUCCCCAUGUUUCUAGCAAAGUGGAAAGGGCAGUGAGAAAACUGAAGAAGAUACACCGGGAACAUGUCAUCCGCAUCUGCACUGCGAAGGGUAUUGCCAUAGAUGAUAGAGAUACUGAUGAGAUUGAGUUCGAUGAUGAAUAUGAGGAACCUAUCCCUCAGGAUGCUUUGAUCCAGCAAGAAGAAGAUCGUGAGGCUACAUCAAUUUAUGCGAGUAGUCCUUAUUACAUCUGCUUGCACGCGGUCAUCGAGGAGGCCAUCGCGGACGCAAGGAGUGGCGUUCAGCUUGGUUCAGAACAGCAGAAUGAGUACUUCAUCGAGGGCUUUCUCCACUACCUGGAAGUGCAACACCUCGCCUAUGCGCCCUUGAUGAACCGUACUUUUGUUAGGAAGGAGGUGAACGAGCACUCUCGCCUUCUUACAAACAAUCCGGUCGAGAAAUGGUUCGAUACGGUGAAGAACAAAAUUUUCAACCGCGCCAUUAAUAAUAGGCGUGCCAAGGUACUGAGUGUUUUGAAAAUGCACUCUGCAGCACAAGUACUGAGGCUUGAUUACAAACCGGCGAGAGCCCCCCGUCCAGGACGUCGCAAUCCAACUGCACGUGAAAUAAUUAAUUGGAGGCAAGGCCGAGGUUCCACACGGGGCGGAAGGGGUGGCCGGGCCGCAGGCGCCUCUACGAGCCGGGCCGGCGCAUCUACGAGCCGGGCCGCAGGCGCCUCUACGAGCCGGGCCGGCGCCUCUACGAGCCGGGCCGCAGGCGCCUCUACGAGCCGGACCGGCGCAUCUACGAGCCGGGCCGCAGGCGCCUCUACGAGCCGGGCCGGCGCCUCUACGAGCCGAGGCCGAGGGCGAAAGAGGAACCACGACGGCACUCUGUCGCAGUGCCUGCCCCCUGUGUUCGACCCAUCGACCACAUCUGACAAUUGGGGUGGGUACCUUGAGGAGACACCCUUUGAAGCCGACCUCUGCGACAGUAGAGCCUCAACUUCUGACCUGCUUGAGUCACCUAAUGCAGACGAUCUAAUUAAUGGUGCAGGAGAUGAAAGUGAUGAAGCAGCUAGAGCAAGGAUUGUAAGAGAACUGAAUAUGAUAUCCGCUGACAAUCUUGUGACUCGUGAGGAACAUAUAAAACUACAGGAGCAGGCAGAGCGUCUGUUGGAAAUCAUGAAGAAAGAAGAUUUCCAGACAUUCUUGCAUCUCCUCAUGAAAGGAGAGAUACGAAGUUGGCGCCAUGACCACUACCUAAAAAAUCCCCAAAUUCCACCAGAUAUUGGCAUGGGACCUUUUUCUACUCUACCCCACCUACUGGAUCAGGUCUUAUCAAUCAUUGACAUAAAUAAAGAUGAAGAUUUAGACAAUGAUGACAGUGAUGAUAACUUGGAUCCAAUUGUGGCCACGUUAGGUAGCAGCGUUAAUUACAAGACCGGUGUUUUACUACCAGAGGCCAUUAUCUUUGCCAUCGGACAGUCUGAGAACAAAGACUAUGAGUCCGCAGAACAAGAAUUCGAAAGAACCUCUAGAUGUCUGGGAGUUGAAGGUGUUGAGAACUGGUGCUGAGAACAAUGCAGAGGUUCUGGAGUCAUUUUGAGUCAUCUGCAGUUUUUAACUGCCAUAGUGAGUAACUUUCUGGCAGAAAGGGACCCUCUGUGACAGCCAAAAACUGGACAUGACUGCAAAUGACUCCAUAGUGACUUUUUUGUGUUUAUUGUAAUAUUAAUCUUGUAUAAAUUUGGUGUAAAUAUGUUGUAUAUAAAAAAAAUAUACCUUAGUAGGCUGUUAUCUUCUUUUUAGAUUUAUGGUUGUGUUUUAUUUGCUGUAAAAUAUGAUAUUUAAUUGAUUUGCUCCACAUAAAGCUGUAAAUAUUUUAAAUGUAUGGGCAUGAUUGUACUCUAUUUAACAUUUAAUUUGUUUCAAUGGCUUUUGUGCUGAUGACAGGAUCAGCCCAAAACUAUUAGACGUGAGUUAAGAUAAUUAGGGUACCAUCGUCAAAAGGGUGCGAGAACAAGGAACUAUGCAGUUAUCCAAUUUAAAUGCUUAUUCAAUGUAAUCCCAGGAGGCUUUAUGAUUUCUUAUAUAAUAAAUACUUGAGGCUCACUAUGUAUAAGUGUACUAACUGUUGAAAUACCUGUGCACUGUGCAUUUUGCUAAUACAUCAUAAUAUUUUUAAAUGAUAAAUGAACUUUGCAUUGUAAUAUAUUUCCUUACCUAUGAAUAUGUGGGAUGCUAAAACUAUUCA